CUUAACUUGUUGCACCCGUCGAUACUAGGAAGUUAACUCACCGCACAGGUUCCCCGGAUGAAUGAGUCAAAGGCCUGUUCGGGUUGCUAGCAGUUCAGGUUGCUAGCGUUAGCUGCGCGCGCUAGGAGCGUGUUGUUUACUCUAACUCUGACUUUAUUCUGCUAAAACAAAAUGUUUGGUUCUUCAAGAUCUGGGGGCCUACGCGGAGGCCAGGACCAAUUCAACUGGGAUGACGUAAAAGUCGAUAAACACAGAGAGAAUUAUCUGGGAAACUCUUUGAUGGCCCCGGUUGGACGAUGGCAGAAAGGCAAAGAUCUGACAUGGUAUGCAAAAGACAAAAAAUCCGGCAAAGCUUUGUCCAAAGAGGAAGAACUUGCUGCUGUGAAAGCCGCCGAAGAAGAGGCUCUGAUGGCCGCCCUAGGACACAAGAUUAUAAAGAGGCAACCAACUGGCCUUACCAAAGAGGAUCUCGUGGAGGUUUGUCGAAGGGAAGAGGCUGAUGGUGAAGAGAGGAGCGUGGAUCGUAUAUCAGGCUUGGGAAGCUCCAGUGUGGGGUCACGGAAAAUGUUGCUGUCCCAGAAAGAGAAAGAAGCGGCUAAAAUGGGUCUGCCGAUUUUUACGCAUCACAAGACUGAAAGUCGUCAAGAAACACCGGCAACAAUAUCAGCUGAGAGCGCUGCAAAAGAAGAAGAGACAGAACAAAGUAUACAUGAGAGUAAAAAGAAAAAGAAAGAAAAGAAGAGCAAAAAGGAGAAAAAGAAGAAGGAAAAAAAGAGGAAAAGGAAAAGACAAGAUUCAUCGUCCUCCUCAUCCUCCGAUGAUAGAAAAAGACACAGAAAGGACCACCAUCAUCAUAAUCCAUCAUACCAUAGUCAGAGUGGAGCCAGACCCCAUGACAGCCAUUCAAGGGAGGGAGCAAAGGCCGAGCGACAGCCUUCCCGCCCCCAUCAUCGACGGCAUAGGCAUGACACAGACACUUCUGACAGGGGGUCUCCUGCCCGCAGUAACUCUGCCUUCCAUAAGAAAGCCCCUGCUGGUGCCACACAAAGCCAGAGAAGACGCCACGACACAGACUCGGACGACUAAUGUCCCGCGCUCCCCCCCCACCUGACCCAGAGAUGCAUAGUGCACACGCUGCGUUCUGGGACCUCCUGUGUGAUGCGUUUCAGAUUUAUGUUUUAUUUGACACUAUGAGUAAUUUCAAAGGCAUGAUUGUGUUUAUUUUUCUGCUGAUAUUUGGUUAAAAGCCCUUUUUAUAUCCAAGAUCAUUUGUGAUCAAAUGGAUCCACUUGUUUUGCUUGUUUAAAUCCCUUUGGCUUUUGUUGGUUUUGGAAGAGCGGAUGCCAUUAGUAGGGGGGGGGAAGCUUUGUAGAACAGAUUAUUUUUCUUAAACAUGAAGCUGCACUUCUUAUUGAAACAUUUUAAAUUUGAACGUCCAGUUUUAGCCAUAAUAAAGCAGGAUAGAUUCAAAUUAAUUCUAUUUUCUUAGCAGAAAUGUUUCAGGCUGAUACGUCUUGAAGCAGGUUACUACCGUUUGCCUCUAAUUGAUCUGAAAGGGGAAAUUCUGCAGGCUAUCACCUAAUAAGGUCUCACUCACAAAAUAAUUCUCCAAGAUAUUCAUUAAGAAGAGCGGCAAAUACCAGACUGGUCUUUUUUUUUUUUUUUUUAUGACCAAGUACUGUUAUGCUGCCACACACAAACCAAGCUGAAGAAGCAGCAGGAGCAGAGGCCAGACAAAGCCACCCUAUGAGGGACUCCAGGCCUGAACUACUUCCCCUUCUACAAUUACCACACUCCCCAGCAAGUUUUAUAGGCUCGGCUGCAUUAUCCAUGGCAGCCUAAUCAACCUGCAAGAAUGCUCUCCUAGACUUGCCACCCUUAGACAAAGUGAAGUAGGAUAUGUUCUUCACAUUACUGCUUUAACCUCAGCAGUGGGUGAUCACUUAAGAGAAUCAUAUUUCUUCUUGGGUCAGUUAGUAACUAUUUUUUCCCUUAGUAACUCAAAACGUAAACAUGAUCAAAACAGUUAAAAUAGUCAGACCUACUUGUUUUGUACAGUAAUCUGCCCUCAAAGUUACAAUUACAAGUUAUCUGGAGGGUGGCUGCAAGCUAUACAUGUGAAAAAAAAAAAAUUCUAAAUGUGACCAUCAAAAUCAGGUAUGAGAUGGCAUGUCAACCAAAUAAUCAUGUGUGGUAACGGAUAGCAAUUCUUCAUUAGGCUCAUGAUUGUUCUCUAUGGAUUAAACCAUUCUCUUGUA